CUGUCUCUGAGCCAUUUAUCUGAGUGCUGGUGGACUCUCGAUCUCUCAAAAUGGUUGAUGCUUUCUGUGCCACCUGGAAACUCAUAGACAGCCAGAACUUUGAUGAAUACAUGAAAGCUCUGGGUGUUGGCUUUGCAACAAGGCAAGUAGGGAAUGUCACCAAACCCACCAUCGUCAUCAGCCAUGAAGGAGACAAGGUCAUCAUUAAAACGCUGAGCACUUUCAAGAACACCGAGAUCUCCUUCCAUCUGGGAGAGGAGUUUGACGAAAGCACUGCAGAUGACCGCAACGUAAAGUCCACAGUAACCUUGGACGGAGAUAAACUUGUGCAUGUGCAGAAGUGGGACGGAAAAGAAACCAAGUUCAUCAGAGAAAUCAAGGAUGACAAAAUGAUCAUGACUUUGACCUUUGAAGGUAUCCAGGCUGUUCGCACGUACGAAAAGGCAUAACGAUCCAACACAAGGAUGCUUCAGUCUCCUCCUGGCAACUUGACAAUGCCCGAGCAGCAUUAUUACUUCUCAGUAUAAACCUAGACUGCCCCAGUUUAAGUCAUGGGGCACUUUUUUUUUUUAAACUGAUUUUUAUAUGAAACUUGUGCGUGAUCCUGAGAGUCCUGAUCAUUCAAAAUGUGUACAAAGUUGACUCAAAUACAGUACAAGCUGGACAAAA